AUGAAGUUUGAAAAUACAGUAGAACUUCGUUAUAACGUACCUCAGCACACCGAUAAAAUCGCAACGUUAUAUCCCAGAUUUUCAGCAAAAGGUCAUUUUCGAUUCCACAGCACGAUGCCAUGUAUUUUUACCCAACAAACAUGCCCUAAUUUCACAAAUGAUCCUUUGGACACUUUGGAAAUAACCUGGAGCCCUUUCGUCAUCAAAGACAGGGAGUUCUACAAGGUGACCUUCAACUACACUGGGGCUGUUACUGAAAUAGACGACAUAUACGUAUGCUUCAAGAUUUGGUUGAAGGAUCUGGAAGAUCCGAUAUUUGACGACUGCCAGUCCCACACCUGCUCCUCUGCCCUCGCCGUUCUCCAGAUGUUCAUCAAGAAUGCCAAAUGUCCUCUCUUAUUGAGUUUGUUCUUUUCCAAUCUACGUUGCAAGCACGUUUUUGUGGAUGUUGUGAUGAUGAGGGAGAGGAUGGGAGAUUACAUAGUACGAAUUGAAAUGAGCAACGCCAAGGGUAGGACGCCAUUUUUCUGCAUAGAAGGUGAUGUAUCAGUUGAAGACGUUUAG